AGGGAGAGGAGGAGGAAGAAGAAGAGGAAGACAAGAGGGAUAGUAUCUUGCAGCACGCUAGACACGCAGACAGCAGGCAGACGUCAAGGCAGGUGAAGGUGCAAGAGACCCGGUUCACUUUAUUCAUCUUUUUUGAACUUUUUCGACAAACUACGCCACGUACCAACGAGCAACAUGGCUGAGAAACUUGGCUACCAGAAGAAUGACGUGACCUUCUCCACGCGCGCCAUCCAUGAAGGCAAUGAACCGGAGCAGUGGCGCCACAUGGCUGUGGUGCCGCCCAUCUCAAUGUCCACCACCUUCAAGCAGGACGGCCCGGGGGACUUCAGGUUUUAUGAGUACGGCCGCUCAGGGAACCCAACCAGAGACUGCCUUGAGAAGUGCCUGGCCUCCAUAGAAAAUGCCAAGUUUGGUCUUUCAUUUGCCUCUGGUCUGGCUGCCACCACCACCAUCACCCACCUCCUGUCAUCCGGCGACCACAUAGUGUCCAUGGAUGACCUCUACGGUGGCACCAACAGAUAUUUCCGCAACAUUGCAUCUCGGAUGGGUAUUGAGUUAGACUUCGUUGACGCCGUAGACCCCAAGAACGUCCAGAAUGCCAUGAAGCCCAACACCAAGAUGGUCUGGAUCGAGACACCCACUAACCCCACCUUGAAGGUCGUGGACAUUGCCGCUGUGGCCGCCAUCGUCAAGAAGCAUGGCUGUUCCUUCCUGGUAGUGGACAACACCUUCAUGUCGCCCUACUUCCAGCGGCCCCUCGACCUCGGUGCUGACCUUGUAAUGUCCUCAAUCACGAAGUACAUCAAUGGCCACACGGAUGUCAUCAUGGGUUGCGUCUGUACCAGCAGGGAAGACCUGCAUGAGAGGCUACGCUUCCUCCAGAACGCCAUAGGCCCCGUCCCAUCCCCCUUUGACUGCUUCCUGGUGAACCGCUCCAUCAAGACGCUGGCACUGAGGAUGGAGAAGCACAUGGAGAACGGCCUUGCAGUGGCCAAGUUCCUGGAGAGCCACCCGUGUGUUGAGAAGGUCAUCCACCCUGGCCUGCCCUCACACCCACAGCAUGAGCUGUUCAAGAGGCAGUGCUUCGGCCACUCGGGAAUGCUCAGCUUCUACAUCAAGGGCAACAACCUGGAGGCGUCCAAGAAGUUCUUCAAGCAGCUCAAGGUGUUCACGCUGGCCGAGAGUCUGGGAGGAUACGAGAGUCUGUGUGAGCUGCCGUCGGUGAUGACACACGCAUCCGUACCCAAGGAGAUGCGUGACCAGUUGGGCAUCACAGACGGGCUUAUCCGAGUUUCCUGUGGCCUGGAGAGUGCUGAGGAUCUCAUCAAGGAUCUCGACCAGGCACUCAGGGCUGUGGUCUCGGUCUAGCCAGCUGGGCCUUUGGUGGGGCAAUGGGCACGCAGCAGCUGAGGGCAAGUCUGUUGGGAGGUGUAUUCAAGGUACUGGCACUGGUUAGUUGGUUUGCACAUGAGGCUAAAGGUUCACUUGUUAAUGACAGAAAGUUACCUGUUAUGUUUGUUGUAGUUAGGUUGGGAAUGAGAAAUGGCUGGGCUCAAGGUUCUGGCAGUGGAGUUUGCAAUCCACUCUGGGUGUCUGCCUAAUUUUUUAAUCUUUGGUAAGGGUAGAGAAGAGCACACAUGUUAUAGCACUGUUUUGCCUGCAUGUAGAAGUAACAGUAGGUGGUGGGUAAGGUCUUGUAUUGUCGAUUUAGAUAUCUGGUUUUGGAUGUCUGCCACAUUUUUAAUCUUUGGUAAGGGUAGAGAAGAGCACGCAUGUUAUAGCACUGUUUUGUCUGCAUGAAGAAGUAACAGUAGGUGGUGAGUAAGGUCUCGUAUUGUUGAAGUAGAUAUAUAAGGUAUUACUACAAAAAUUUAGGGUUGUGGUUCAGUAUUACAUCAUCCAAUGUCUUAUCCACUUAGGAAUUAUUUAUAUAUGCAAGACUAUAAGAAUUUAAGAGAUGGUGAAGUAUCAUGGGUAGGCAGUGGCUGAGUGGUAGCAUGCUGGGCCCACAUUCACCACAUGAUGGACGACGCAAGUUCGAAUCUCCACGCUACCACCUGGGAUUUUUCAGUCACCGCUGAGUGUCUUAAAACUACCCACAUGCUGUCCUGAAGACCAUCCAUCAACCAUUCUAGAGGAAACUGUCCAAGUGAAUCAAGAAGGAGUUCCGGGGGGCAGCAUGAGCCAAGAGAAGAUGGCGCCACUAUAAACACUUCCUUGCGCCAUGACGGGCUGGAGUCGAAUACCAUCCAGGCCCCUCAAGCAAGCUUACCGGCACUAUAGGCAUAGGCUUAAAAAAAAUAAAA